AUGGCCACUGUAGCGGAUAUUUGUGUUUCGGCAGCCAUCAAUCUAUUGUCUGCGUUGGCGUUCCUGGUGGCAUUUGCAAUAUUGCGACUUCAGCCCCUUAACGAUCGAGUCUACUUCCCAAAAUGGUAUCUGAAGGGAAUAAGAAGCAGCCCAACAAGUUCCAGAUCAUUUGUAAAGAAAUUUGUUAACCUGGACUGUGGAACCUACAUCAGGUUUCUGAACUGGAUGCCUGCAGCAUUGCAUAUGCCAGAACCUGAGCUUAUUGAUCAUGCAGGGCUUGACUCAGCCGUGUAUAUUCGGAUUUAUAGUCUUGGCAUGAAGAUAUUUGCCCCAAUUACCAUACUUUCUUUUAUGGUUUUGGUUCCCGUUAACUGGACCGGAAAAACAUUGGAAGCACCGGGAGCCAAGGAUUUGACAUUUAGCAACAUUGACAAGCUUUCAAUAUCAAACAUCCCAUUUGGAUCAAAUAGGUUUUGGGCGCAUAUUGUUAUGUCAUAUGUCUUCUCAUCUUGGACAUGCUAUAGUCUUUAUAAGGAAUACAAGAAUAUAGCAGGAAUGAGAUUGCGAUUUUUGGCAUCUGAACGUCGUCGGGCAGAUCAAUUUACUGUCCUGGUGAGAAAUGUUCCCCCAGAUCCCGAUGAAUCAGUCAGUGAGCAUAUUGAACAUUUUUUUUGCGUCAAUCAUCCUGAUCACUAUCUGAUGCAUGAGGUUGUUUAUAAUGCGAACAAGCUUGCAUCAAUAGUUGCAAAGAAGAAGAAAUUGCUAAACUGGUAUGUUUACUACCAAAACAAAUAUGAAAGAGAUCCUUCAAAGAGGCCAACUACUCGGACAGGUUUUAUGGGUCUCUUGGGGAGUAAAGUUGAUGCUAUUGAUUAUUAUAUUGCAGCAAUUGAUCAGUUGAGCGAGCAGGAAGCGGAAGAAAGAGAAAUUGUUACAAAGGAUCCCAAAGCUGUUAUUCCUGCAGCAUUUGUUUCAUUCAAAACCCGAUGGGGGGCUGCUGUGUGCGCUCAAACUCAACAAACUAGUGAUCCUACCAUUUGGCUGACAGAAUGGGCUCCUGAACCUCGGGAUGUCUAUUGGGAAAAUCUUGCGAUUCCAUAUUUUGACCUCAAUAUUCGAAAAUUGCUCAUGACUGUUUCUUUAUUUUUCCUUACUUUCUUCUUUAUGAUACCAAUAGCAUUGGUUCAAUCUCUAGCCAACAUUGAGGCGAUUGAGAAGGUCCUUCCUUUCUUGAAGCCAAUAAUUGAAAAGCCAUCUGCCAAGUCUGUUAUUCAAGGAUUUCUGCCAGGGCUAGCAUUAAAGAUUUUUCUUAUAAUGCUUCCAAAAAUUCUCAUGACGAUGUCCAAAAUAGAAGGUUUUUCAUCGCUUUCAGCUUUGGAACGGAGGUCAGCUUCCAAAUAUUACUUGUUUGUUCUCGUCAAUGUGUUCCUUGGGAGUGUUAUAACAGGAACAGCAUUUCAGCAACUUCAGCAGUUUAUUGAUCAACCCUCUACAGAGUUCACAAAAACUGUUGGCAGUACAAUCCCCAUGAAAGCCACAUUCUUCAUCACAUACAUAAUGAUCGACGGUUGGGCUGGAGUAGCUGCAGAGAUCCUUAGGUUAUCUCCGUUAAUUAUGUUCCACCUGAAAAACACAUUCUUGGUGAAGACGGAGCAAGACAGACAGAAUGCUAUGGAUCCUGGUAGCUUGGAAUUUGCUACAUCUGAACCUCGCAUCCAGUUAUAUUUCAUGUUGGGGCAUGUGUAUUCUCCUGUCACACCUUUUCUUCUCCCCUUCAUUGUAGUCUUCUUUGCUUUUUCCUAUAUGGUCUUUCGGCAUCAGAUUAUCAAUGUGUAUAACCAGCAAUACGAGAGUGGAGCAUCGUUUUGGCCAGAUAUCCACCGUCGAGUAAUUAUCGGCUUGAUUAUAUCUCAAAUUCUCUUGAUGGGAUUGCUAAGUACAAGAGGUGCAGAUAAGUCCACGCUAUGUCUUAUUGCACAACCAGUCUUGACAAUCUGGUUCUACAUAUAUUGCAAAGGCCGCUUCGAAUCUGCAUUCGUAAAGUUCCCCCUAGAGGAUGCCAUGGUGAAGGAUACACUUGAACGGGCUGUUGAACCAAACCUGAACCUGAGAGUUUAUCUUCAGGAUGCUUACUUACACCCAGUUUUUAAGGGCGAUGAGUUUGAAAAACCAGUGAUCAUUGAUGAUGAAGAGGAAAAUCCACUUAUUCAGACAAAGAGAACUUCUCGUCGGAGUAGCAAGCCAGAAUCUGAUAAUGAAGCCGGCAGUUGCUAA